UUUUUUAAUUUUUUGAAUAAAUAAAUUAUAUUCUUAUUUCUUUCAUCAAGCAUUUGCCUUAACUUUCUAACUACUAUUGACUGUUCAUUCGAAGUUCGAUGUAGAUUGGUAUAUAAAGGAAUACAUAUCUUCAUCACAAUGGCUUUGGAAGCGUUAAGCAAAAGAAAUAGUGUACUGCGGCAGACAGUUAUUGGGGACCGUAAGAUUUCGAAUAAUUGUCGCAAAUUUAGGAAUCAAUACUUAACCAAAAUAGCAGGAGCGCAAGCAAGGCGUGGGUUGAAUUAAAGUCGUGGGUUGAAUUCAAAUUGAAGACAGCAGCGAAGUGUUGGAAGUUUGAAAACCACCUUUCAUCGCGUUGCCGCUAACAUUUAUUGUGAAUAGAAGAUAAGAGCAAAAUGGUCGUAUUAGCUGCUGCUGUUGUUACUAAAAGUGGAAAAGCUGUCCUUUCCCGUCAAUUUCAUGAGAUGCAACGUUCUCGUAUCGAAGGACUUUUAUCUUCUUUUCCCAAACUAACCAGCACAGGUCAACAACAUACAACUGUCGAAACUGAACAUGUCCGCUUCGUUUAUCAACCUUUAGACGAGUUAUUUAUGGUUUUGAUCACUAACCGUCAGUCCAACAUCUUGCAAGAUAUUGAAUCACUGCAUUUAUUCGCUCGUGUGGUUACUGACAUUUGUCGUUCCUGCGAUGAAAGCCACAUCCUUCGUAACGCUUUCGAGCUCUUAUGCGCUUUCGACGAAAUUAUCUCAGUUGGUUAUAGAGAAAAUGUCAACUUGUCCCAAGUGAAGAGCUCCAUUGAAAUGGAAAGCCACGAGGAACGAAUUCAAGAGAUUAUUGCUAAGAAUAAAGAACAAGAAGCCAAGGAAGAACUAAAGAGGCGAGCUAAGCAAUUUGAAAUGCAAAGAAAGGAAGCUCAGAAACGUGGUCAAGGAUUCAUGCAAGGCAACUUCAACUCCAGUAGCAGCUACAGUAUGGGUGGCGGUUACGGCGGUGGUGGAGCCUACUCUCCCGCUUUGGAUAAUAUGCCUUCUAUGAGAGAAUCCCCUUCAUCAUAUAGUCGCUCUGCUAGUGCUACACCUUCUGCUACUUCUAAAGCAAGAGGUAUGAAACUUGGCCGUAAGGCCAAGGCUGCUGAUCUUUUUGAAGCCAUUAAACCUGAUGUUGAAGAGCCUCUCCUUGGAGCUCCUGCCGCCACAAAUCAUAAGACUGUUAACCAAGAAGGUGUUCACAUUGAUAUCGAGGAACGUAUAUCAGUUACAGCCAACAAAGAUGGUGGACUAGAGCAGAUUGACGUAAGAGGUGUUUUAACAUUAAAGAUUACUGAUCCUGAUAAUGCUCGUAUUAGCCUUGCACUCCAAUCGAGUGAUGACACAUCUAUCCAAUUUAAGACCCAUCCUAAUGUGGAUAAAAACGCUUGGAAAGAUCAAAAGAUUGUGCAAAUGAGAGAUUUAUCGAGACCCUUUCCUACAAAUAAUAAUUUGGAAGUCGUGAAAUGGAAGUUAAUAACUAGAGAUGAAACUCUCAUGCCCCUGACAAUUACAUGCUGGCCCUCACCUUCAGGUAAUGGUACAUGUGAUGUGAACGUCGAAUAUGAAUUAGAAAAUGAAGCUUUAGAAUUGCGUGAAGUUAUUAUUUGUAUUCCUUUAUCUGCUGAACCAACAGCUGAUGUUACACAAGUAGACGGAUCUUACGUGGUUGAUCGCGCAAGAAGAGUACUUGAAUGGCAACUACCCGUUAUAAAUAGCUCUAACAAAUCUGGCGUGUUAGAAUGCAAUAUUCCUGGUGAUGAUGCUAACGGUUUCUUCCCUGUCACGGUUUCAUUCAUUAGUGACAAGCUACUUUCUGGCGUUGAUGUAAUUAGUGUAUCUAAUGUGGAAAAUAACUCUGAAACCACAUUUUCUAAAGAGAUAUACAUGGCUGCCGAUGACUAUAUCAUCGGUUGAUAUAUUUUCACAUUAGCCUAAUGUAUUCAUUUUUCUACUCCCAUAACCCGUUGCAAUAAACAGAACAUACACUCCGUAAU